AAAAAAAAUAAAAAAAGUUAGGCCCCAGAGUGAAAAGGAUGGUCUAACCGACUCACAGUUGUGUGCGCAGUUGGUCGCCAAGCAUGGGGGCAGUGGGCAACGAGCCGGAGAAGCUGGCCGAGUUCGUCGGUGGCCUUGGCCCCGGCCAGCUGGUCGGCAGACAGGUCCUCGGCUCGCCUGCGCUCGGCGACAUCCAGCUCUCGCUGUCCAACACCAAGGGCUACCUCGAGGUCGAGGUCAUACGGGCGCGCGAGCUUCAGCCCAGACCUGGGAUAAAAACCCUGCCAGCUUCGUAUGUCAAAGUUUACCUUGUGAAGGGCAAGAAGUGCAUAGCCAAGGCCAAGACUAACGUGGCGAGGAAGACUCUGGAGCCGAUGUACCAACAGGCGCUCAUAUUCCGGGAAAACAUCAAAGAGUGCAUACUGCAGGUGACGGUGUGGGGCGACUACGGGCGCCUGGAGGGGAAAAAAGUGUUCAUGGGCGUAGCCCAGAUCAUGCUGGACAAUCUGAAUCUCAGUGAGGUGGUGUUCGGCUGGUACAAGCUUUUCGCCACCACGUCCCUGGUCAGUGGGCCACCUUCUCUUGGCUUGUCGCGUCGCUCGUCCGCGGCCUCCCUCGACUCUCUCAAGCUCUGAAACGCUCUUUCGCGCGUCGCCAGUCGCGCGAGCCUCUUUUAACUUACAAGUCAACUGAGCCAAUGCACGUUAUACCUAUACAAGCCAUACACAUAUGUAGCUUUUUUUGCCGGCGGAUGUAUGCGCGCGAAUAACAAAUAUAUAAAUGAAGCUUCGACGUGUCGAGCGUCUCGAGAUUUUCGAUGGGAGGUUCGCGUUUGGUACUUUGUGUGAGCCAUUUCGGUAGAUUCGAGCCUUGUGUUGCUUAAUUGUGAGAAAGAAAACGAUAAGCCAUAUCGACGUUAUUGCAGUUAACACGAGAGAAAUGCCCAAAUACCGCUUGAAACAGAUAUAAAUCAAUAAAUCAAUAAAUGCUUAAAAGUUGCAGUAAAUUUAA